UCAAUGUCACGUUAGUAGUGUGGCAAAUAGCUGACUAAGUGACCACGAACUUGUUUUUUAACAUAUGAAACAUGUAUAAAUUAAAUUGUGUAUUAGUUAGUUCUGUGAAUAACAUAUGUCGACAGCUGUGUGCGCCGUUAAAUGCAAGUGGAAACUCUCUAUGUGGAAGCAGUGGGUUGCAGCGAACAUUGUGUACCAGCGCCGUCAGACUUAAGGAGAACCCAGCAUCCAGCACAGACUCUGGGAAAAGCUCCGAAGAAUUCAGCCUUUUCUCUCCACUGGCCGGUCAGGACAGUUCACUGACAUGGGAUGGAAAGAAGUUUGAGGAGUUACCAAUCGCUCACAUUAAAGCCACGUACAACAACACACACGUCCAGCUGACAGAUGGCGCAGGACAGUCGAUGGUCAGGACGUCCUGCGGGACAGAAGGCUUCAGGAACGUCAAGAAGUCGACGCCCGUUGCUGCUCAAGCUGCGGGCAUCUCUGCAGCCGCGAAAGCCAAAACAAAGGGAGUAACGUUUGUCCGUGUUGUGUUAAAAGGUCUUGGUCCUGGACGUCAGUCUGCGAUGAAAGGCCUGACGAUGGGGGGCCUGAAGGUUGUAUCGAUCACUGACAACACCCCGGUGCCACACAAUGGAUGCCGGCCACGCAAAGCCAGAAGGACGUGACCUCCACAAACCAGAAUGCAAUGCAACAGGAGGAAGCUGCUGUGUUGCCGUAUGCUAAUCAAGCGGUGUUUUGUAGAACUUUCCUGGCUCUCAGAUGACCUUACGUAAUUCAUUUGUGGAAAUAAUUACAGAUGGUGUUAUUAAUGAGCAGAAAACAGGUGUCUCACUCCUCUGCUGCAACUGUUGACACAUGAAUAAACCUUGAGUCUCACUGCAGGCACUCUGAUGUUCAUUAGUAGGCUGAUGUUUGCAGAAACAGGCUGAUGGCUCUGUGUGGGAAGAGGCACAGAACACAGUUUCAUAGCUUCAGUGUUGCACACACUUCUAUUUGGACUCCGCUGGUAGCCAUGGAGACUAAACCCUUGGAUCUGGCCGUGUUCGAGCCUUACCACGCCACACGUACUGUAUCCGAAGUGAACAGAUGAAGCAAAUUCAACCUUCUUGUAUGAACAAAGUUCUCCUUAUAUUUUAUUUUAAGUACAUUAGACAGCCAAACAUCUGUUUAACAUGAUAUAAAUACACAUUUGUAAAGCUCUGAAGAAAAAGCUGGCAUUUACAGAUCAGUCAAGUACAGGUGGUGUUAAAAUGGAAACAUGAUACGAGAGACAAACAUGCACCAAACCCAGUGUGGAGUCACUAUGAUCGACAUACACAUUAUCACUUCACCACUGAUUAGUGAUCAAUACAACUUUUCCACAACUCUCAUGAUGUUCCGUUUUCACCAUUCACUGUUUUUUGCCUUCAACUUCUUAGAUGAUAUACAUUAAACUUGUUAUUCAGCAAUAAUGAUUCCAGAGGCCGUUCCAAUUUUUUUUUUACAGACCCUCAGAUUAUUUUUUUUAUUACUUAUUUAACCAUAGAAGCCAUGUGACCACAUACAGAGCAGUAACAGCAGGCUGGCCUUGUUUAGUGCAAAUACUCGGGGCCACUUCCCUUCAAUCAUUCACUCACAACAAUGAAGCUGGACAGCUGAAAAAGAUACAGCUGAAAUGACCUUAAGGGUCACAUGAUGACUGUCAACACAGCUUGUGUGUUUGUCACCGGCGCACAGAA